GCUAUGCAGGGAGGGUGGAAGCAAAAUUGAUAUCAAAUAAGGGUAUCAAACUGAGAUCUGAAUGUUCCGUUUAAGUUGUUGCUCAUUUUCAUUAGCCAUGCCAGGGGUGAAAGCUUAUGACUUAAACAUCCUCGGUAGUAAGAACAUUUAUUUUUGAUGGAUUUAUAUUCCUCUUCUUCAUAAAGGCUGAAUUAGUGUUGUAGUGGCUAUAAAUGAAGGGGUUUCUUUAUCCUCUUCUCAUUUUAUUAUUUACUAAUCAGACUUCGGCUCAGAUAGAUAAAAGAGAGAGGUUCUGUUGCCUAGAUGUGAGGCCUUUAAUGAGGAUGGGAAGCCCCAGGGAGCCGAAAUCUGAAGUAGAACGGUGCUGCUUUCGGGUUUCUUGUCAUUUCUUCAGUUGCUUCUCCUCCCUUUUCCAAUGGGCCUAGUGAGCGGGAACUAUCCAGGGUGCUAGAACGCUGGCAGCUUUGCCGUUCAAUGCAGACGGAUUGCAGAAACAGACAAGAAAGAUUACUGCUUAUUUCAGAAGAAUAUAAUCAAUGAGGCAACUUAGCCAGCCUGGGUGAUUGCUUCGAGUCUUGUAAUUAUCUGUGUAGCAAAGUGGGUAAAAUUAUUCAAUUUCUUCCCUGCUGGACCUAGAAGGAGAGGGGCUGUGUGUUCAUCCCCACCCAUUAGCUAUGCCUUCUUUUCUCUGAAUGUCGAUUUAAGGAAGCAAGCACCUGUCUUCUGCCACCGCAUCUUCCUAGCAAACUUUAAAGGCCAUUUUAUCUGAUAGGAAGAACAUCAAGAAUGCUCUGAUCUCUAGUGAUGAAGAAUCUGGGAGUGGACACUUUUCCCAUCCAGGUACAAUGCACUUUAAUUGAAGAAAAACUGAGCUGAACUACAAGUCUAUUUCUUAUGGUGCUGGAUUACUCCUACAGAACUGCCCUGAGAUCAGCCGCGAGAGAGGGCUCUGACAGACACAAGUCACCUUCUGAAUAUUGCACUUAGCUGUCCCUGGGGACUUAAAUUUUGGAAGUGUUCCUUUUCACAUGAAAUCCUCCAGGAUGAUGAGUUCUAAUCCUGAGGAAGACCCUCUGGACACAUUUCUCCAGUAUAUUGAGGAUAUGGGGAUGAAGGCCUACGACGGAUUGGUUAUUCAGAAUGCAUCGGACAUUGCGCGAGAAAAUGAUCGCUUGAGAAAUGAAACAAACCUGGCCUACUUGAAGGAAAAGAAUGAAAAACGCCGAAGACAAGAAGAAGCAAUAAAACGCAUAGGUGGAGAAGUAGGGCGAGGCCACGAAGGAACUUACGUGGGCAAACACUUCCGCAUGGGAUUCAUGACGAUGCCCGCUCCUCAGGACAGGCUGCCCCAUCCUUGCUCCAGUGGCUUCUCUGUGAGGUCGCAGUCGCUGCACUCGGUCGGGGGCACAGACGAUGACAGCAGCUGUAGCUCCCGGAGACAACCACCCCCCAAGCCCAAGAGGGACCCCAGCACCAAGCUGAGCACGUCGUCCGAGACGGUCAACAGCACGGCAGCCAGUAAGAGCGGGAAAGGCCCCGAGCGGAACGAAGUGUCAGCGAAGCCAAGACCCCACAGUGAUGAAUAUUCAAAGAAGAUUCCUCCUCCAAAACCAAAACGGAAUCCAAACACUCAGCUCAGCACUUCUUUUGACGAAACAUAUGUCAAGAAGCACGUGCCCCGGAGGACCUCACUCCCUCGGGACCCCUCCCUCUCCCAGGUCAGCAGCCCCUCAGGGGGCCCCGAGGAGGAGGAACCCGUGUAUAUUGAGAUGGUGGGGAACAUUCUCAGAGACUUCCGGAAAGACGACGACGACCAGAGUGAGGCCGUCUACGAAGAAAUGAAAUACCCCAUUUUUGACGACUUAGGUCAAGACUCAAAGUGUGACCUUGACCAUCACAGUUGUUCUUCGCAGUGUGCUACUCCCACGGUGCCUGACUUGGACUCGGCCAAGUCCUCAGUGCCAUGUACCCCGAAGGGUUUGCUCUGUGACAUUCCUCCGCCCUUUCCCAACCUGCUUUCUCAUAGACCCCCGCUGCUGGUGUUCCCCCCGGCCCCUGUGCAGUGCUCCCCCAACUCUGAUGAGUCUCCGCUCACCCCCCUGGAGGUCACAAAGCUUCCUGUGUUGGAAAACGUGUCUUAUAUGAAACAGCAAGCCGGGGCGUCACCAUCCUCCUUGCCGUCCCAGGCCUCCGGCCACCCUAAACUGGAGAAAGACCAGGCAGGAGCCCUGGGACCCGUUCCUGCUGCCUCGGUUCUCUCCUCGUCCCCUCCCCCGCCUUCCACUCUAUACCGAACGCAGUCUCCCCACGGCUACCCCAAAAGUCACUCUGCCUCUCCGUCACCCGUUAGCAUGGGCAGGUCCCUGACCCCGCUCAGCCUCAAAAGGCCCCCGCCCUACGAUGCCGUGCAUUCAGGCAGCCUCUCCAGGAGCUCUCCAUCAGUGCCUCAUUUGACCCCCAGACCGGUGUCGCAAGAUGGGAGCAAGAUGGUCAAUGCCUCGGUCAAUACCUACGGGUCGGCUCCGAGCGGUUCCCGGUCCAGAACACCCACGAGUCCUUUGGAGGAACUAACCAGCCUCUUUACCUCGGGACGCAGCCUGCUGAGGAAGUCGUCCAGCGGCCGCCGCCCUAAAGAACCUGCAGAAAAAUCAGCAGAGGAGCUGAAAGUUCGGAGCCACAGCACGGAACCAAUACCAAAGUUGGACAACAAAGAGAGAGGACAUCAUGGGGCAUCUUCCUCCAGAGAGCCUAUCAAAGCUCAGGAAUGGGAUGGAACACCUGGGCCACCUGUGGUCACCAGUAGACUGGGAAGAUGCUCUGUGAGCCCCACCUUGCUAGCAGGAAACCACAGCUCAGAACCGAAAGUAAGCUGCAAACUAGGCCGGUCUGCGUCCACAUCAGGUGUGCCCCCUCCAUCCGUUACUCCUCUCAGGCAAGCCAGUGACCUGCAACAGAGCCAGGUGGCAUGCAUGCAGUGGUUUCAUGGAGACCAUACAAUGCUUGAGAUGAUUGAGAAAAAACGUUGCUUGUGCAAGGAAAUAAAAGCUAGACAGAAAACGGAAAAGGGCCUUUGCAAACAGGAUAGCAUGCCUAUCCUACCCAGCUGGAAGAAGAAUGCAGGUACAAAGAAGUACAGCCCUCCACCCUAUUCUAAACAGCAAACGGUAUUCUGGGACACUGCCAUAUGACUGUGUGCAGGAUGGCGUGAGCUCCACAUUAUUUAGCACGAAGAGGGAGGUCGACUCGGUCAUGUGAUAAGUAACUGUUACAUAUCGUCUCAGUCAAAAUGGAAUGCCAGUGGUUCCCUGGAAAACCCAUGGGAAGCUGUGCCUAUUCGUGGCUAGUUCAAGAUAAAAUCCAUAUUUCCUUGCAUUUAAGGCACACUUAUUUAUCAUGGAUUAUUUUGAAUCCAGAAGAUAUUAAGAUGUAAAUAUUUUACUAGUUUAUGGAUGACACCUGAAAUAAUACACAUUAUACGUAUAUAAAUGAUAGAAAUAUCAAGAGUUUUACUAUAUGAUACAAUUUCUGUAUUAACUGGUUUGUUAUCUUUUUUAUAUGUCCCUUGAUGCCUUUUAUUAUUAAUUUUUGCAUUUAAAAUGUUUCUUUCUGCCCACCUUUUGUUUCUGUACACGAGCUCACAGAUAGGUUAUGUUCAAUCACACAAUAUAUGAUCUGGUGCUAGCAAUGUAGAAGUUGAAUAUCAUAUUCAUUAGGAACAUCUGUUGCUUUGUACGUUUUUAAGGGUUUGACAGGAAACGAAUGCCAAUGUGAUGCUGAAUUUGGACGUCCACAUUACAUCAACACCAAUAUUUUUGCUACAUUGGCUUUAUAAGAAUUUCUCUCCAGUAUCAUCUUGUUUAUACUAAGCAAUGGUUAGUCAGACUCCAGAGAAAGUUAAUAGGAUAUAUUUGGACAUCCCAGCAGAAAACAUUUCCUUCAGAAAUGACUUUAGGGACACAUGUCCUUCCAUCAUUGAUUUGAUUGGAGGAGACCAGGGUUCACUGUGAUAAUGGAAGGAACAAGGAAUCAAAGGUUAAACAGCACAACUGCUUUCAAGAGGGUGGGACCAGUGGCAUUAGAGCCACUGCUAUCACUAUUUUUGAGUAACUUUUCAUGUGUAUGUUUGUUUCCCCUAGAAAAUGACCAAUAUACAUUCAACCAGAUGAGUUUACAUGUUUUAGUAUACUAAAAUGCCAAUCUUUCUCAAAAUUUAGGUUCACAAAUGGAGUAGUAUUUCAUGUUAAUUUUUCAAAUUAGUUAUUACCAUAUUUUGGGGGUGUAAUCUUCUGUGCAUGUUCAUCAUACCCAUUCUUACUGAUGAUGACACCAUGACCAAAGAAUUAUGACCAAUUGUUUAUCUUAUUUUGUUUCAAGGAAGAAACAGGAAAUGCAGGGGAUGGGAGAUGGGGUGGAUUCAAUUUUAUGUGGUGGUAAAAUUUAAGUUAAAUAAAUCAUAUAUAUCUUUUAAGAGUAACUUGUUAGUUGACUAUAAAUAUCCCCACGGAUGAAUAAAAAGGAAACUAUCACAUAUAUUUUGUAUAUUUAAAUUACUAUUUAUGCUUCCUAAAAUGGACAGUAUGUGAUUCUUCUUUAACAAUCAAUUUAGUAUUAUAUUUCUGAGAGAAAAGGUACGUGUUUGAAGUUAUUGUCAUCGUGGUUUUCCUUGUAAGGGUUUUGACAGCAAUAGUACAAUGCUGCUCAAUAUAACCAAAUAUAACAGGAGGUAGGGAAUUUUUGUAAUCUAUAUUGCUAAGGAGCUAGUAAUGCUUUAGCAGUAAUAGUUUCUUUCGAGCCUUUGAAAUGUUAUAAAAUAAUUUUUUAAUAUUUUAUAAUUAAUGUAUAUUUUGAUGUCCUACUAGAAUUCUGAAAGAAUAAGGAAAAUAAGGUAAGUGGGAGCAUGUAUAUCUGUUAUGUGUGCCUGUGUACACGUGAAUGAGUACUCAGUGGGGGAACUGUGUACACUAAAUGCUUAUUGAAGUUUUAGUUUUGCUUGUAUCACCGAGGUGGUAAAAAAAAAAAAAGAGCAGAGUCACAAGUACAGGAAAUCACGGAGAGAUCUUAAGUAGCUUAAAUAAAUCCUGCUGCCAUGUUUCACCAGUUAUAGAUUAUGGUUCAAAUCCAACAAUCAAUGGAGUACAAAUCUAGGAGUGAUAAAAAUGUGUUAAGGUAAAAUCAUAAUUGAAAUAAAAUGUGUUUAUGAGCCAAGUUGUUAUCCUCAUUUAAGUUAUUAUGACCACAUAUGCUCAAGCCAAUGAAUCAGAUAUAUAUGUCAUCAAUUCUCAGCAUCUUUAUGAUGAUCUUGAUAUAUAUAUAUAUAUAUAUAUAUCUCAGACUCAAUAUGAUAAUGAUUAGAUAAUUCCCUUGAAAUUUAUAUUUUGGUAAUAAAUGCAAGUGUGUUUUUCAAAUGCCAAUCUUUCCCAUAUCUAUCUGAAUUAGACAGAAGAUACUUUUUAGUACUGGCCACUUGUCAAGAAGGAAACAGAGUCACUAAAAUGAUUUGUGUUGGAUUCAGCCAUUUCCAUUUGUUCUGCCAAACUCAUACUGCUGCCAGGUUUCAUACACUCCUUUUCAAGCAAGUUAUUUUCUGAGAAGGUAACCUGUUUGAAAAUCUGACCUUAGGCAACCAUUUCCACUUAUUUUCUCCAAAUCUUGCUUUCCAUGGGAAGUUAUGGAAAGAUCUGAUAUUUGACUCAAGAAAUGAUAUUCUAUACCUAUAAGACUGUCCAUUGUGGUUUAUUUAGUCUAUGUGGCAAUAGCCAUUCUAUGAUUAAUUUCCUUUUUGUGUAGCAUUUCUUUAUGUGGAGAAAAAAGAGGUCAUUAGGACAGAGAGAAAAAUAAAGUUACUCUCUAGUGGCAACUAAUUAGGACACUUCAUCCUGUAAAUUUGGUCAGAUGAUCAAAAGUUCCACCUGCACCCAGAACACUAUGGAAUGAUAAAGCUCAUAAUUUUUUAGCAGUGUCAAAGAACAAAUCAUAUCAUUGCAUGGUUAUCAAGUUGAAAGAGCUCAGACCUAUAAAAAUUAUCUUUUCACAGCAAAUUUUAUAGAAACAGAAUUUUAUUGGCUGACAGCAAGAUGCUUUUAUAUGUGAAAACUUCUUAGAAGAGACACAAUUGUUUUAGAAUUGAUGGAAGGGAAAAAGCAAAUCCUGCUUUUCUGUCUCAGAGCCAGCAUCUUCUGAGGUAUAACAGGAGUUCUUUAUAUAAAUGUUGCCAAACUUUCCCUUGUGUUUAUGGAGUGGAAGCAAGUUUGGAGUGGAAAGUGAUUGAUUUGUGUAAAGGUUAAUGUCACCCAUAAAAAAUAGUCGUGAAAGUGAAACAAAACAAAACAUUAAGAGGUUAAAAUGUGUAGUUAAGAAUACACACACUCACAUACAUGGUAAUUAAAUGGAUACAAGCAGAUACAACUUCACUUUUCAAAACAGUGACAUCGGGACUUCAGAGACCCCAAGGUUCCACAGAGUUUUCUUUGAAUGCUUCCGGAGAGUAGAGAAACAUUUUUCUUACUACCUUUUCCUUAGGCCUCACCCUUAUAUCCAAGGUAAUUUGACUCUUAAGAGCAAGUUGGGUGAUCAAAUUAAUAAAACUAAACGACCCUAUUGCUUCAUUGUUUUAAUUAAAUAAGACAUCAGAACAAUGCACAUACAAUGCAAUUUCAAUAUUACUUAUAUGUUAAGGUGGAUCGCUUGCCUCAAAUACAAAAGAACUUGUAAGCUAAUCAUGGCUACCUAUAAAAUGAAGGAAAAAUUCCUGUGAUUUAAGUAGCAAGUAAUCUGAGAUGAGAGAGAAUUCACCCUUGCAAAGAAGUAGAAGUUGAAUAGAAUAGCAAUUCACAAUUCAUUGUGUCCCAGACUUAAACUGAAGUGAAAGAAAAAUAAUACCUAUGUACUUAAGAUUAACUGGCUAAAUCUUCCUUGUAAGGGAAAAUAGAUAUCUAACUCUAGAAUGUGAACAAUUUGUUUUUAAUCCAUUAUUCAUUUAACAGUUCAUUAUUGAGCAACUUAUAUAUCAGUUAUUUUAAAACAUUUCUGAAGCAUUUGGCAUUAAGCCUUCAAAAAGAUGUGGUCCCUGCCUUCAAAGAGCUUUAUUAUGCAACCAUUAAUAUUUUCAAAACAAAGCUUUUAGGAAGAUAUACAGUAUCACAUACGUUUGACAUCUCUUAUGUGUUUAUAUAUGGUACUCUUUUUUUCAGAUCAAGUGUAUAGUCAAAAUAAAAUGCUAAACAUAUUAAAGUUGAUGUCUAAGUAUAAAAUAUGUUUAUGUGCAAGCCUCUAUAUGUACACAUAGGAUAUGUACUGCUGUCUAUAUAAAUCAGUAAAAGGAUAACAAGUUUUUCCAUGUUGGACUUUGAACAUUGUGGCUUGGGGUUUGGAUUGAUUUAAAACCCUUUGAUAUUUGGGUCAAUUACACUGUAGCAAAAUGUGUGUAAUCUGGGAAAAAUGUCUCAUAAUAUUUCCCUUUAAAUGUUACAAAGGUUCAAAUUUAAGGGAAAACAUCUUUACAGAAAUAUCGUUGGAUCUAUCUCAACUAAACCUGUAUGAAAUCCUUUUGAAGUUUUCAAUUGUUCCCAAAUAUGACCGGGUUUGCCCACCCUCAAAGCAUCUACAUUUACACAUGUAUACACCCACAUACAGUAUACAUACUGUAUAUAAUAUAUAUGAAAAUGUUUAGUAUGCACUUCUUUUGUUUGAAACUCCUUCAGUUAACAUUUAUAGUGUAGCAAUUUGUGUCAAGUGCACUGUGAUUAUAAAAAACAAAGCACAGUAAAGUCACAGGUCUUGUUAUCUUGCACUAAAAACGUGUUCACGUAUUUAGCAAUUGUAUGUUUACUUUCUUGUUCUUUUCAAGAAAUGGAAACAAAUAGCUAUUGAGAAAAUGAUAUCAAAUAAUAUGUUUUUUAGUGGUAAUGGCACUACAUUUUUAAAAGACAGGGUUUUUAAAAGAAACCAUUUAACAUCCAUUCCAACAUCACGUUUACUGUAUUUAAAAAUCUGAAUGUUGUAUUGCAUUUUUCAUUACUCAUUAAAAAUGUCAGGUAUGUGCCUGAAAAGUUGUGCAAAUGAGCAUUAGAUAACAGAUUUCUCUACUAAUGUGUUGUUAGCCAUUUCUAUAUACAUAAUAAUAUAAACACUGAUGUUUUAAUUUCUUUUAAUUUUUGUACUUGAUUUUUUCAGGUAACAUGUAAUUAUAAAUGUACUUUGAUACUCCUGAAGUAACCAGAUAUUGUUUUAAAACAAAUUGUUUUCUUUAGUGCAUUGGCAAUAUUUUGCAAUACUUUUGUGCUUAUUUAUUUGUGCUCCCGUGUAAUUAUAAU